AUGAAAUCACAGAUCAGACCUCUAGCAGUGAGGAAAUCCAAACAGCACCAGAAAAACAUGAGAUUAUCCAGUGAAUCCCCUGGUCUCACUAUUGUACUGUUUGGAAACACCUCUGCUGUUCACUUUGGGGACACAAAUAUACUACUUGGACCAAAGCAUGUUCUACCACUACAGGCCUGUUUGCCUAGAGAAACUAAAAUAUCUGGACAUGUUGUGUCAGUGUUCAACAUGCUUAACUUACAUGAUGGUGAUGAUGAUUCCCGAGUUCCUGUGGAGAACAUCACUGGUUGCUUAGUUAAUGAAAACAGCAUCAAUUCCUUUAUCUUCGUUCUGCAACUGGGGCUUUUUACAGAUGAUGAUAAACUGGGGCUCGAAUGGCUGCAAAAGACGUUUGGAGAAAAUGUUCUUCCCUUUGUGAUGAUUCUCUUUACGUAUGACGGAGAUGAGGAUUGUGACUCCAUCAUAGAUGAUCUAAAGAGAAACAGUGUACUAGAGCAACUGAUAAAUAAAUGUGGAGGCAGGUACCACACAUGCAGCAGGAGUAUGGAUAACCAAUCAGAGAUGAGAACACUGGUGGACAAGAUUAACAGCCUGGUCUCAGAGAGAAACCAACACUGCUACACUGCUGAGAUGUUCAACACAGCACUGAAGCUCAGAGAAGAUAAACAAGAACACAAGAGGAAGCAAGGUGGUAAGUGCAAAGAAAAGAGGACCAGUGUCAGUGAACACCUCAGUUCCCAGGAAAAAAAGACUGAGCCUGGAGUAGCUGAAACUGGAUCAAAACUUGAAGAAAAUAAAACACAUUUAAUGGAAAACAAUAAGCAACUUUUAACUAGACUUCAUCUUCUGGAAAAGCAGAAACUAAAAAUUCAAACUUCAGAUGUUCUUCAGCUAACAUCUCUUUCAUUACAUUGCCAAGAACCUUGUGAAGAAAAAGAUCUGGUUCAAACUUUCCUACAAAGGUUGUUAAUGAUGGAUUACAGAGCAAGAUACAUCACCACCAAAAAAGAAGCCAAUGAUUUAGACCCUCCCAUUCCAGAUACAGAUGAAGAAGUUGAUGUACUCGCUGAGCUUGUUUGCCAAAAAGUUGUAUGUCUUGAUAGUGAGAGCCCUAUCCAUCCCAUGGAUCUUCAGAUGGCGGUGUUCCACUGCUCAGACAGUUUGCUGAAGCAACUAAUAGUGACUAAACUCUCUCAGUGUCAGUACGCUCUGCCUCUACUGGUGCCAAAUCCAUUUACUGGAAAGAUCGAGUUUCCUCUGUGGACAUUUCACCAAAUUAUUAAAAGUUGGAAAACCACUGGCACUUCUGGUACCAAGAUUAGUAAAACCCAGCAUGUUUAUGAAGCAGAAACUCCAAUGGUGGCGUUCUUCAGGUUAGGAGACGUGUCCUUUUCCAAGUCUCAGCUGAUGAACAGCUUGAUCAAUGAGAAGCAUCAGACGUUCUUCCACAGACACUGUCGUGGCAGCAUUAAAAACCGUCUACUGAUGGAUGGAGUUGUGGAGAUUGCUUGGUACUGUCCAUCUGAAAAUGAAACUGAUCAUUUUACUGACUGUGUUGCUUUCUGUAAUCUACAUGGUGAUGCAGAAACCAGUAAAGAACAACUGGAUAUUCUGACUGAAAUGUCGUCUGUAAAUGUUGUUCUUUUAUCUGAUCCUAAAAAUGAAAGAAAUAAGGAGAUGCUACAGAAGCUUCUAAACAGUCCCAAACCACUCAUCUGUCUCCUUUCUGAGGAUGAAUCAGGUGUCAGUAAGAUUAAGAAUAGAAUAUACAGAAUUGGUCUGAAAGACAGAAAUCAGUCAGACGUAUCUGAAAACCUCAGAACAACCAUCACUGACUGUCUGUCCAAGUCAUCUUUAGUUUUUAAACUUGAUAAUCUACACAAAAACACUGAGAUCAGCACAGAUGAAGAUGAUCCUGAAUGCAGGAAAGGAAAAGAAGCAGCACUAGAGAUAAUAAAACAACUGGAGGGGAAGGAAAUCUCCACAUUAAAGGAAACACACCUGCCCUGUCAAGGAAAGCUCUGGUAUGAGUGGUGUCAGAUAAACAAAGACUCACAUCGACUUCAAGGAAACAAUUUAGAAAUGCAAAAGAGUGAAAAACAAACACAAAUGAAACAAAUCCGUGAACAGCAACAAGAAAAUGGACAAUCAGACUUUAUGAAAAAAAUUAUUUCCUCACUUAAUUCUCUAUCAGGAAAUGAAAAAUCAUUCUUUAUUAAAUGGCUUGAGAUUCUACUGGACAAACAAACCUCAGAUGAUCUUUCAGAUCUUCAUCACAAGUACAAUGAAACAUGGACAAGGCAAACAGAACUUGAAGAAAUAUCUGAAAAACUAAACGCAGCAACAUUUGGUUUGGAACACAUCUUCAGAGAGAUGGGUCAGAUAUACGAGUCAAAUAUGUCCAUACAAACAAGUAAGAAAACAUCUGAAGAAGAAAACAUCUCCAAUCUCCCCAAACUUGCUGCAGAACUCAUAAAAUCUGGUCUUCCAAUGGAGCUGAUGGAUGGUGAUGCUGCUCAUGUUCCUCUGAUUUGGGUUUCAGCAGUUCUAGAUGAACUCAUAAAGAAACUGGGAGACCAGAGAGUCUUUGUGCUUUCAGUUCUAGGGAUUCAGAGCACAGGAAAAUCCACCAUGCUGAAUGCCAUGUUUGGACUCCAGUUUGCUGUCAGUGCUGGAAGGUGCACCCGAGGAGCCUUCAUGCAGCUGGUCAGAGUAUCAGAGGAGAUGAAGGAGCAGCUGAAGUUUGACUACGUUCUUAUUGUAGAUACUGAAGGGCUUCAAGCACUUGAGCUUGCAGGAAAAUCCACUCGCCAUCAUGAUAAUGAACUUGCAACAUUUGUUGUAGGUCUUGGAAAUCUGACUUUGAUCAACAUAUUUGGUGAGAACCCUGCUGAGAUGCAGGAGAUUCUUCAGAUUGUUGUUCAGGCCUUCCUGAGAAUGAAGAAGGUCAAACUGGGACCACGCUGUAUAUUUGUCCAUCAGAAUGUUGGUGACAUCACAGCUGGAGAGAAGAACAUGGAGGGUAGGAGACGUCUACAGGAGAAACUGGAUGAAAUGACAAAAUUAGCUGCUAUAGAGGAAGACAGUGGAGCUGAGUGCUUCAGUGAUGUUAUUGCUUUCAAUGUACAAGAUGAUGUUCAGUAUUUUGCACAGCUCUGGGAGGGCAGCCCACCAAUGGCUCCACCAAACCCCUCAUACAGUGAAAAUGUUAAAAAGCUAAAAAGAGCUAUUUUCACAAAUGCUACCAAGUCUCAUAGUAUGAAACUCUCAGAGUUUAAAUCCCGCAUCAGUGAUCUGUGGAAGGCUCUACUGAACGAGAACUUUGUUUUUAGCUUCAAUAAUACACUGGAGAUUGCAGUCUACAGGAAACUAGAAACUGAGUUUGGAAAAUGGACCUGGUCCGUCAGAAGUGCCAUGUUAGAACAUGAAGAAAAACUGCACAACACAAUUAAAAACAGAAAACUGCAAAAGAUUGAGGACAAAGACCUUCAUGACCACAUGAAGAAGACCAAAGAAGAAGUGGAGAAAUUUAUGAAAUGUUACUUUGAAAAGGACAGAGACAAAGACAUUUUAAUUCAAUGGAAAGUGAGAUGUGAACAGAGAAUUAAACAACUUUUUGAAGAUCUUGUAAAAAAUGCAAAAACAAACCUGAAUGAUUUUCUUCAACAGCAAAAAGCUCGAGAAACUUUUGAUCACAAAAAGACAGAGUAUGAUGAAAAGCUCUUCAAUAUGAGUAAAGCACUUGCUCUACAACUAAAAAGCACAGAAACUGAUGAACGAGUCCUCAGACAGGAAUUUGAUAAAGUGUGGAACAAAUGGGUCUCUGAUCUAACACAAGACACACCUGUAGAGAAAGCUUUUGAUGUUUGGGAGGAUGUGAUACAGAUUCUAUCUGAAAGUAAUGAACAAGCUGCUGUGUAUGAGCGAAUAUCUCAGGAAGAUUACACAAAGAUACACAGACUGAGAGAUUAUUCAUGCUACAUUUUAAACAAGAUUGAAGACACAAACACAUCAAUAAAAUGUAUAUCUACUGAAUCAGUGAAGUCUAUAUUUACACAAGAUGAGAUAAAACUGCUUGAAGUCAAUGAGUCAGUAAGAAAUCUGACAAUAAUUCCGAUCCAAGAAUCUGGAAAAUUAAUUAAGAAAAUCUGCAGCAAAAUUGCAGGACUGGGGUACAAAAACAGUUACAUUCAGGAAAUAACUGAUGAUGUCAAACACAGAGUUGUUCAAUCUAACAGUGAGAACAAAAAAAUAAAGCUAAAGAAGGAAUUCACUCUGGAUCUCUGUCUUCAUGUGUGUUACCUUGCAAAUCCCAAAUUCACAAAGAUCCACCAACAUUUCAGAGAUGAAAAUGAUAUAAAAUUGUACCUGGAAAAGCAGAAACCACAAUAUUACAGCGUCUUCCAAAACUACUGCAGAGGAGCAACAACCACAACAGUACUUGGUGAACUUGUCUACAACAAUCUUGUACCAGCCAUCGAGGAAGCCGUCUACAAUAAAACUGCUAUUGUUUUGACAUCACAGAUGAGAUCAGACAUGCCAGAAUUUAAUGGUAACAGGUCACAGCUUGAGAAACAUAUGCUGAAAUCUCUGGCAGAGCAGGAGAACUUUGAGAAGUACAUGGAGUACAUCAACCAUCCCAAGAAACACUUUGAACAGUUUAUUACAGAAAAUGUUGAUAAAUACAUCACUGAAAAUAACAGAGAGGUUCUGAAUCUUCUCAAAGGAAAUCUGAAACACAAAGAGCAGAAAGUGAUGAACUCUGUGAACAUCACAACUGAAGAAGUGAAGAAAAGUAGUGGUGAUGCAAACAUGUGGCUGAGAAGUUUGAAGAAUUUAUUAACAGAUGAGCUGAGCUUAAAAGAAAUAACCUGCACUGGUCUGGAGGAAAUUACAGAUUUAGAUUUUCUUCAGCAGGUUGUGUGUGAAGGUCUCACAAAGAUGAUGUCAGAACAACAUAAAAUCUUCAACAGUGUAACAGACAUCAACAUGGAGAAGUUCAGGAAGAAACCUGAUGAGAUUCUGGUUGAACAUCUCUGUCAGUGCUGCUGGGUUCAGUGUCCAUUUUGUAAAGCCGUCUGCACCAACACAAUGGAGAAUCAUGAUGGAGAUCACAGUGUCCCCUUCCACAGAGUAGAUGGAAUCAAAGGUUGUUACUACAAAAAUGCAAAAAAUCUCAGUACUGAUUUUUGCACUGUAGCAGUACAAAGUGAUAAAUGUUUUUAUCCCAGUCAUGACAUAGAUAGACUAAUAAAUUACAAAUCAUACAGAACAGCAGGAGGAGAAUAUGCUAGGUGGAGCAUCACUCCUGAUAAUUCAGAGCUCCCAUACUGGAAGUGGUUUGUGUGCAGAUUCCAAACAGACCUGGAGCAGCACUAUGGUAAAUCAUUCCAAGGAUCUAGUGAAAUCCCCACUAAAUGGAGAGAAUACACAAAAACACAAGCUGUUGAGAGUCUGGAUGAAUACAUCUGA